GUGCCUCGGCAGCGUCGUGAACGCGCAUGUCAGGAUCGCUGCAGAGAUCCUGCUGCCUCGGCUCUCACGAUUAAUCGUGAGGAUGGUGUUGACAGCUAAAGGGGACCGACAGUCAGCUUUGCAUGUUUAAAUACAUGCCGGGACCUCAGGAAAUUUCAUUUCUACGGGUCGAAAACUAUUUCUCUGCAAGCUCGCCGUUUGUGGAGGAAAAGGACACUACCAGGCCGAGGAGGAGCGUUAAUGCUACUGAUGGAAUUCCCUGUCGUUGCUAGAUGGAGAAACGAAAAGGGUGGACUUGUUUUAAAUAAUUAAAAAAAAGAAAGGGGGAAAGAAAAGGGAACAUCUGCUGCUAAAACAGAGAAAAUGCAUUUGCACCAAGUGCUGACGGGAGCUGUAAACCCUGGAGACUGCUGCUACUCGGUGGGAAGCGUAAAUGAUAUUCCUUUCACGGCUUAUGGCUCAGGUUGUGACGUUGUGAUCUUGGCUAGCGACUUUGACUGCGUUCAGAUCAUUCCCGGUGCUCAGAAUGGAAACAUACAGGUUGGCUGUGUGGAGUGCUCCCAACAGCUUGGCAGGAUUGCUGCCUCCUACGGAAACACAGUCUGCAUUUUUGAACCUCUUUCUACAAACCCAAGUAAACUCCACAAGCAGAUUAACUAUCAAUGGCAAAAGACAGGACAGUUCUUCCUUGAUGCCAUCACCUACAACUUGGCCUGGGAUCCACAAGGGAACCGUAUCCUGGCAGCAACGGAGCGACUCCAGCUGUGGGCUCCACCAUUGAGAGAUGCCCUCAUAGAGGAGGAGGAUGGGCAGGUGAAUGAGGACAAGCCCCACCCGGUCCUCAGUGACUGGAACUGUGUCUGGCAGUGCAAGACUGCGGCGUCUGUUCACAUCGCCAAGUGGUCUCCUGAUGGGGAGUACUUUGCAACAGUUGGGAAGGAUGACUGCUUACUCAAGGUUUGGUAUCCCACCACUGGCUGGCGGUCAGCGGUGGUUGUCCAGGACCCGUCUGAUAAAAAGCCUUCUCCAGUUCACUUUUCCUUUGUUUACCUGGCACAUCCUCGGUCUGUUACCGGCAUGUCAUGGAGGAAGACUAGCAAAUACAUGCCCAAGGGAUCUGUGUGCAAUGUGCUGCUGACGUCCUGUGAAGAUGGGGUGUGUCGGUUGUGGUCAGAAACCCUCUUACCAGAAGACAGUCUUCUUGGUGGGCAGAUCUCUGAUAACAGUCAGUCCUUCACCUCCAGCCUGCCAGGUCUGGGAGGCAAUAAAGACAAGAUCCAGCAUGCUUUGGAGUCGAUUCACCACCUAAAGCAGCUGCGCCGAGGCCGCCGCCGAUCGUCCGCUCUGGUAGCUCACAGUGACCUCCUUCCAUCCCAGCUCGGCACACAGGACUCACAUACCCACCGCCACAUCGCACAUCAUGCCAAUGCUCUCUGUCAUUUUCACAUCUCUGCUAGUAUUAACCCAAACACAGACAUCCCAUCAAUGCUAGCUGACUCUGGUUUGUUCAAUCCUGAAGAUAGUACAGGUGGUGGAGGUUUCAUGGUUCACUGGCUCAACAAUAAAGACCUCAGCUUCACUUCCUCUAUGGACCUCUUUAUGACGCAGCUUCGAAAGUUGUCUGAACAGCAGUUAGAUCAAACAACGGAAGAACCCGUGGAACCCGGGGGAUCCCCAUUAAAGUUUGACUUUGAUUUGGAUGAAAUGUCUGACAAAGCUUCAUCGGAGCACGGAGAAGAGGCAGAAUCAGGGGAGCAAGGAAGCAACAAGGCCUCAUCCCCUGGGUCCAGCUCCAGCAUGCCUUUGCCGUCCAUGCUGCUCGAAAGGAAGAUAGAGACUCUGACCACAGAAUGGAACAAGAGUCCUGACAUGCUGUUUACCAUCCAUCCCAUCGAUGGCUCCUUCCUUGUUUGGCAUGUGAAGUACUUAGAUGAGUUCAACCAGGGAAUCUUCAGACAGGUUCAGGUGUCCUUCUCAUCGCGCAUUCCAGUAGCUUUUCCUGCAGGUGACGCCAACUCUUUGAGCAAAAAUAUCCUGAUGUACGCCUGCACUUUGACUGAGAGUGAGAGCGUCGGCACAGGCGAGCAGGGAAGAAUGGUCCAACGUGUCUCCCGCUCCGCCUCUGUCUCUGCCUGCCUGGGGUCGCCCGCCGUCUCCCCCUCACCUAAACUUCGCCCUGGCAUUAGCCCCGCCGUCAUGAUGGUCUCCAAGCAUGUUGAUGGUUCUCUCAACCAGUGGGCGGUAACGUUUGCGGAGCGCUCUGGCUUCUCCAACGUGCUGACUGUGUCUCACAAGUUUCGCUAUUGUGGUCACCGUUUCCACCUGAAUGACCAAGCAUGUCACACAGUGCUGCCUUUGCUGCUGACCACCUCUCACCACAAUGCCCUGCUCACCCCGCCCUCAGCUCCCAGCAGCCUCGAAGGGGAGCAGCUGCCAACCUUUCCCCUACCAAAGGGACUUCCCAGGAAGCAACUCCGUAAUGCAGCUACAAGGACCUUCCAUGACCCCAACGCCAUUUAUAGUGAAUUGAUUUUGUGGAGGGUGGACCACAUCGGGCCGCUGUCGUGCACCGGGGGUGUCUCCGAACUGGCCCGUAUAAACUCUCUACACACCUCUGCGUUCAGCAAUGUGGCCUGGCUUCCCACACUGGUUCCCAGUUCUGUACUUGGAACCUACUGUAACAGCGCCAGCGCCUGUUUUGUGGCAUCAGAUGGGAAAAACCUGCGUCUCUAUCAAGCUGUAGUGGAUGCCAGAAAACUACUGGAUGAGCUCUCUGACCCUGAGACGUCUAAACUGGUGGGUGAAGUGUUUAAUAUAGUCAGCCAGCAGUCCACUGCCAGACCUGGUUGUAUCAUUGAGCUGGAUAUUAUCACAAACCAGUGUGGCUCAAACACUCAGCUGCUACAUGUCUUCCAAGAGGAUUUUAUUUUGGGCUACAAACCUCAGAAAGAGCCAGAAGCUUUCAUACCAGCUUUUCCAUCCGGAGAAGAUUACCAACCUGCUCCAUUUUCCGAGAAAUUUUUUCUGGUGGUGAUAGAGAAGGAUCUCAACAGGAACUCCGUCCUGCAAAUGUGGCACCUGCACCUCCAGUCUGUACAGGCCUGUGUUGAUGAGCCAAGCCCAGAUUACAGCUUCCAGAGUCAGCUGAUGGUUCCCAACCAAGCGAUGAAUGCUGACUCGUCUCCAGAGACCUCCCCAGUCAGACCUCUGCCUCGCUCCACUUCUACUGCUAACCUGCAAUCAGCCAGCAAGCUCAUCCUCAGCUCCAAGCUGGUGUAUAGCAGGCGGCUGGACCUGCCGCAUGGAGUGGAGGUUACCAGAGCCACCCCCUCAGGAGGUCAUCUGAGUUCUUCCUCGAUCUAUCCUGUGUGCCUGGCUCCGUACCUGAUUGUUACAACUUGCUCCGAUUCCCGCGUGCGCUUCUGGCGCUGUGCGGUGGAGGGAGAUGUGGAGAGCGGCGGGGACAAACAGGACAACCGGGCGUACGCCUGGGAGCCGUGGGUCCUCAUGAACGAGGAGGAGGACAACAACAGUGCGGUGUGUGUGUCGGGGCGGCCUGUAGCUGUGUCCUGCUCGUACAUCGGCCGUCUGGCGGUGGCUUUCAAACAGCCUCGGUCGGGACAGCUGCAUGGGUCUCUAGAAGACUUCUCUAUGCACGUGUCUAUCUAUGAGUGUGAGUCCACGGGUGGUUCUGAGUGGGUUUUAGAGCAAACUCUGCACCUCGAUGACUUCGUCAGGCCCUCAUCAACUCUGGAUUCAAGAGUCAGUGUGGAUUCAAACCUCUUCGUCUACAGCAGGUCUGACUUGUACAUGAGCAGAGACCACAGCUCACCCAACAUCAAGCACUUCGUCCACUUGGACUGGCUGUCAAAGGAGGAUGGUUCGCACAUCCUCACCGUAGGAGUGGGCUCCAACAUCCUCAUGUACGGCCGCAUCUCUGGCGUGGUCAACGAGCAAACGAGCAGCAAGGAAGGCAUGGCAGUCAUUACCCUUCCUCUAGGGGGCAGUAUUAAACAGGGCAUCCGCUCUCGCUGGGUGCUGCUUCGGUCUGUGGACCUCCUGUCGUCAGUGGACGGGACACCUUCACUACCAGUUUCCCUGUCCUGGGUGAGGGAUGGCAUCCUGGUGAUAGGGAUGGACUGUGAGAUGCACGUGUACGCCCAGUGGCACCAGGAUAAGAAGCCCGGUGAGGGAGAGGAUGGCAAUGCAUCAACUGCAGACAUUGCUGGAGGUCAAGCCGUUGGCUCGUCCUCAGCCUCUGAAGGAAGAGCCAGGUCUAAAAGUGUUUUUGAGGGAAGUGCGGGAGUGGAUGAGGCCCUUCGUGCCCCAGCUGGACUACAGGAAGGAGGGCUGUUUGAAGCCGCCCACUCCUUGUCACCCACCCUCCCUCAGUACCAUCCAACCCAGCUGCUGGAGCUCAUGGACCUGGGCAAAGUUCGCCGCGCCAAGGCCAUCCUUGCACACCUGGUGAAGUGUAUUGCUGGAGAGGUUGCUGUGGUGAGGGAUGUGGAGGCAGGGGAAGGCGGAGGCAGGAGGCAUCUGUCUCGCACCAUCAGUGUGACUGGCAGCACAGCUAAAGACACCAUUGUGAGUGGCCGUGAUGGAGGCAGGGACUACACAGAAAUCAACUCCAUCCCUCCUCUGCCGCUCUACUCGCUCAUGUUGGCCGAUCUGGAUACAUCGUACAAGGCAGAGGAGGCCUCCAAAGGCUCCAAGGUGGCUGAUGGGGAAGUUGUUCAGAAGUCUACAGAGGAUCAGUAUGCUGACCUUUUCCAGGUGCCAGCAGUCACCACAGACGACUUUGUGAACUUUGCCACUGAUAAACCAGAGAAAAAGUCUCGUGUGAUCAACCUCUCUCAAUACGGACCCACCUAUUUUGGACCAGAGCACGCUCAGGUGUUGUCCAGUCACCUCAUGCAUUCCAGCCUUCCAGGACUGACCAGACUGGAGCAAAUGUUCCUGGUGGCCUUGGCAGAUACCGUUGCAACCACCAGCGCUGAAGUCACGAGCUCCCCAGAGCAGCAGUACACAGGUGGUGAAGCUCUUGAUGAGUGUGGACUCAGAUACCUGCUUGCCAUGCGUCUUCACACAUGCUUGCUCACCUCUCUGCCGCCGCUCUACCGUAUGCAGCUGCUCCACCAGGGUCUGUCAACGUGCCACUUUGCGUGGGCCUUCCACUCAGAAGCAGAGGAGGAGCUGCUGAACAUGAUUCCUGCCAUGCAGAGAGGCGACCCGCAGUGGUCUGAGCUGAGAGCCGUCGGAGUGGGAUGGUGGAUCCGCAACAUCAAUACUUUGCGCAAAAUGGUGGAGAAGUUGGGUAAAGCUGCCUUCCAGAGGAACAACGACCCUUUAGAUGCUGCUUUGUUCUACUUGGCCAUGAAGAAGAAAGCUGUCCUGUGGGGACUCUUCAGGUCACAGCACGAUGAGAAGAUGACUCAGUUCUUCAAGAACAGCUUCACUGAGGACCGCUGGCGGAAGGCAGCUCUGAAAAAUGCCUUUUCCCUGCUGGGAAAGCAGCGCUUCGAGCAGGCGGCUGGCUUUUUCCUUCUGGCUGGGUCCCUGAAAGAUGCCAUAGAGGUGUUGAUAGAAAAGAUGGAGGAUCUCCAGUUAGCCAUGAUAGUAGCCAGGCUGUAUGAGGCUGACUUUGAGAGUUCGUCCACCUGCCAAGGCCUCCUCUAUGAGAAGGUUCUGGGCUGCAACAGGGAUGGGAGUGGCUACCACUGCUCCAGGCUGCACCCCGAUCCAUUCCUCCGCAGCAUCGCCUACUGGAUCAUGAAAGAUUACACCCAAGCUCUGGAUACUCUGCUGGAGCGCAUCCCCAAAGAGGACGAUGAGAACCCCAAUGUGAUGGUAAAAGCUUGCAACCCUGUGGUGUUUAGUUUCUAUAACUACUUGAGGACACACCCUUUGAUCAUCCGCCGACAUUUUGCAAACCCAGAGGGCGCAACAGCAACUGUGGGUUUAACCGCUGAAAAGAGCGGCGCCGAUGAGAUCAACCUCAUAGAGCGCAAACUGUUCUUCACCACUGCCAAUGCACACUUCAAGGUGGGAUGUCCAGUCCUAGCUCUGGAAGUCCUCUCCAAGAUUCCCCGAGUUAGCAAGAAAUCCGGCUCUUCGGCUCUCAGCAAAGCGUCGUCCAAGGUCAACGUAAACGCAAGCCAGCCUUUAGAGAACGGAACCCAGGGAGGGAUGGACUGGAGCUCCUCAGCUGCAUCCUCUCACGCUUGGGGAGGAAAUGAUAGCUCUGGCGGGAUGGACUGGAGCCAGCCUGCAGUCAAAGUGGAGGAAGAUGAUCUGAAGCUGGACUGGGGGGAAGAUAAGGACGAAGAAGAGGAUGAUGAUGACGACGGUCUUACCAUGAAGAAAGCAGAGCCUGAGAACAAAGGAGACGAGGGCCCCAAGCUGCAAAGAGAAGACUCCCAGGCUGAGUCAGAGGUGGACGUGAUAGCAGAGCAGCUGAAGUUCCGCGCCUGUCUGAAGAUCCUGAUGACAGAGCUGCGCACCCUGGCCACCGGCUUUGAGGUGGACGGAGGGAAGCUACGUUUUCAGCUCUACAACUGGCUGGAGAAAGAGAUAGCAGCUAUGCAUAAAAUCUGCAACUACAAGGUGGAGGGGAAGGAGGAGGGCGCCGAGGUCGAGCGCUGGAGAGAUCGUACUGCAUCCGUGGACAUAUCAGACGAAGCUUUUGAGAGUACAGAAGCAGGCGCCUACGAACGCCACCAGAUGGAGCGUCGGCGUCUUCAAGCCAAGCAGCAGCACUCUGAGAGGCGCAAGGCAUGGCUGAGAAAAAACCAGGCCCUGCUGAGGGUGUUUCUGUCCUACUGCAGCCUUCACGGAGCCAAAGGAGGAGGCGUCACCUCUGUCCGCAUGGAGCUGCUGUUCCUUCUGCAGGAAAGCCAGCAGGAGACCACAGUGAAGCAGCUGCAGUCUCCUCUGCCUCUGCCCACAACACUGCCUCUGCUAUCAGCUUGUAUCGCCCCCACCAAAACCGUCAUAGCCAAUCCUGUUUUACAUCUCAGCAACCACAUCCAUGACAUCCUCCACACCACCACCAUGAUGCUGGUCCCUCCACAUCCUGGCUUCAUGGAUGAUCGGGUUAAUACUGUGCACACACUAGCAGCCUCCCUGUCUGCCUGCGUCUACCAAGCCCUGUGUGACAGCCACAGUUACAGCAACAAUCAGACAGAAGCCAACCAGUUCACAGGAAUGGUUUACCAGGGUCUGUUGCUCAGUGAGCGCAAGCGGCUGCGCACAGAAAGCAUUGAAGAACAUGUAACCCCCAACUCUGCUCCUGCACAGUGGCCAGGCGUGUCCUCCCUGAUUUCUCUGCUGACGUCAGCACGAGAGGAGGACCAGCCGAGGCUGAACGUGCUCCUGUGCGAAGCGGUCGUGGCCGUUUACGUCUCGCUGCUCAUCCACGGCCUGGGCACCCACAACAGCAAUGAACUCUUCCGACUGGCAGCUCAUCCUCUCAAUAACCGCAUGUGGGCCGCGGUUUUUGGAGGAGGGGCAAAAGUCAUCAUUAAACCAAAGAGACCGGAGCUCCCUCCAGCCCCCACUCAGGCCCCAGCAGAGGAUGUAGAUCGUCACAGGCGCAGAUUCAACAUGAGGAUGCUGGUUCCAGGACGCCCCGUAAAGGAGGCGCCGGCGACCCCUCCUCCCGUGCCCGCUGAGAGACCCACCUACAGAGAGAAGUUCAUUCCUCCAGAGCUCAGCAUGUGGGACUACUUUGUAGCUAAACCCUUCCUGCCGCUCUCAGACAGCAACGCUCUGUAUGACUCAGACGAAAGCGGCGCUGAGGAUGAUGAAGACGAUGAUGAUGCAUUCCUCUCUGACACGCAGAUAACAGAGCACUCUGAUCCCAACUCCUACAGCUGGGCUUUGAUCCGUCUGGUUAUGGUGAAACUGGCUCAUCACAAUGUGAAGAACUUCAUCCCUCUGACAGGCGUGGACCUCACAGAUCUUCCAGUCUCCUCCCCUCUCUGCAAUGCUGUGUUGAAGUCUUUAGAGAACUGGGAGCAGCUUCUGCUAGAAAGAAUAAGCAAGUUCGACGGCCCGCCCCCCAACUACAUCAACACCUACCCCACCGACCUGAGCAGCGGAGCCGGCCCUGCCAUCCUGCGACACAAAGCCAUGCUGGAACCCGACAACACGCCCUUCAAGACAAAGAACCAUCAGUCCUUCCCCGUCCGACGCCUUUGGCAUUUCCUGGUCAAACAGGAAGUUCUUCAGGAAACUUUUAUACGCUACAUCUUCACCAAAAAAAGGAAGCAGAGUGAGUCUUUAGAGAACCAUGUGGACCGUAUAAACCCAAACAGCAUAGCCGGAGCUAGCAAUCCCUAUAAGGUCGAGGCGGAUCUUGGUUACCCAGGAGGAAAGGCUAAAAUAAUUCACAAGGAGUCCGACAUAAUAAUGGCAUUUGCGAUCAAUAAGGCCAACUCCAAUGAAAUAGUGCUGGCCUCCACCCAUGACGUCCAGGAGGUGGACGUGUCUAACCUUGUGGCAGUCCAGCCGUACACCUGGAUAGGGGAGGACUUUGAUAAAGAAUCUUGCAGCUCGGAUGACAUAGACCAUCGCUCCUCUCACACCAACAUCGCCCAGACGAGCUCCGUCUCCUUUGCACCCCCCCCAAUGUCCGUUUCUGCAUCCAUGCCAUGGCUCGGCAGUGGUCAGACCAGCAUGGGGGCCAGUGUGAUUAUGAAGCGGAAUCUGAAUAAUGUGAAGAGAAUGACAUCCCAUCCCAUCUACCAGUAUUACAUGACGGGCGCUCAGGACGGCAGUGUGCGAAUGUUCGAAUGGAAUCGACCUCAGCAGCUCAUUUGCUUCAGACAAGCCGGCAACGCCAGGGUCACUCGGCUUUAUUUCAACUCUCAAGGCAAUAAGUGUGGAGUGGCUGAUGGAGAGGGAUUCCUCAGUCUGUGGCAGGUCAACCAGACAUCCUCCAACCCCAAACCCUACCUGAGCUGGCAGUGUCACACUAAGGCCUGCUGUGACUUUGCCUUCAUCACAUCCUCCAGCCUGAUUGCCACAGCUGGACAGUCCAACGAUAACAGAAACGUGUGCUUGUGGGAUACUCUGAUUUCACCUAACAAUACCAUAGUCCAUGCGUUCCCCUGCCAUGAGAACGGUGCCACUGUGCUUCAGUAUGCUCCCAAACAGCAGCUGCUGAUCACAGGAGGCAGGAAGGGCUUUGUGUGCGUGUUUGACAUUCGCCAGAGGCAGCUGCUGCACACUUUCCAGGCCCAUGACUCGGCCAUUAAAGCCCUCGCGCUGGAUGCCUACGAGGACUUCUUCGUCACCGGCUCGGCAGAGGGCAACAUGAAGGUCUGGAAGUUGGCCGGUCAUGGGCUCAUGCACUCUUUUAGCACCGAACACGCCAAGCAGUCGAUCUUCCGCAACAUCGGUGCCGGAGUGAUGCAGGUGGAGACGUGUCCUGGAAACCGCAUCUUCACCUGCGGCGCUGACGGAACCCUGAAGAUGAGAGUCCUCCCCGACAGCUACAACAUCCCCAGCAGCUUGGUCGACAUCCUGUAAUGCCGCCUCUGAAGGCCCCAAUGGGACUUAAAAGGAAAAAAAAAAUUCAAAAAUAGCUUAUGUAACACUCUUUAGGUGUUCGAUAGUAUCUUUGCUGGGAAACGGCGCUAGUCAGAAGAUCACCAUGCUUUUGGCAUGUAUGAGUGUGCAGUGUUCAUUGGUUUACCGUUGAUGUAAAUCAUAUCCAGAAUGAAUAACGGGGCUGCAAACACCCCCCCCCAGAGGCUGACGGUGCGUCAUACUUGAUUUUAAAGCUAGAUUUAUUGUAAUUUUAUUGACCAAUCUUUACUCAUAGAGCGUGUCCAUAGGAAAGCUAUGCAUGUCCUGUUCUCGUUCCGCGGUGCAAUCACAGGUCUAUUGAUAGUGCUCUGUCAAAGUGCUCAAGCAAAAAUUUUAAAAAAGUGUGUAACUGUUGUCAUUUUGUGCCCACGACUGAUAUCUCUUAGCAUUUACUGUAACCAGCACUGUGGUUUGUUAUUAAGUCAGUGGUUUCCAGUGUGAAUCAAGUUGUUGGAAUCUGAUUUUUUUCCUGUUUUUAUUGAUUUUUUUAAAUCCCGCCCACAAACACUCACAUCCUCCCAUCCCUGCUUUUUUGCCCGGCUUUUCUCCGCCUUUAUGGAAGAGUUGAUGGUGCAUUGUCCCCCCCCCUUUUACUCCAUCCAAGUGGUGUUUCUCUGGCUGCUCGUCGCUCGCUGUGGCCUCUCCUGGUUGGGGUUUGAGCGGGCCGACCCCUCUCUUCCCCUGUGUCUGCCGUCCGUGCGCCUGCUCGCCGCCCCGCCUGCCUGCCCUCAAUGCCUGUUUGUGUGGCAGACUCACUGCUAGAACAUUCCUGUCCGGAAAUAUGAUGUGUUUUACUCCUGUGACUGUGAUUUCAAUGUUUUCAUCCGUCUGGUCCAAAGCAAAACGCCCCACCCAGAGAGGAGACGCAGAGGUUGACCUCUAUUUUGUUUGUUUGUUUGUUUUUGCACAAGAAAAUCUGAAAAUUGUUUGCUGUUUUAAUUCAGUCGAUUUUGUUAUUUAAAUUAUUUAUACGUUCAUCCCUGUUUAACUUAUUGCCUUUUGUGUUAGGAAUGUAAGGGGUUUUACUGUAUCUGACUGGGAGAUGUGCAACAGUCUUCUGUAUGUACGUGUGUGUUCAUUUGCUUAGUUGUUUUUAUCCAUAAGGAAUAGAUAUUUGCACUCAAAAUUCUGGAGACACUAAGAGUUUAUUUGAAAUCUAUAGGUUAUCAAAGAAGAAACUGUUCUAUACAAAUGAAUGUCUGGCUUUAUUUGGCCUAGUAGUGAAGCGUUUAAAAUAGUUUUAUUAUACGAAUUAUAUAAAUAUAUAUAUGAAAUACCACAACAGCUUGUACAAACAUUAAAGCGUUACUUUAUUUUUGGUUUGUAUCAUACCUGUUGGAUUAGUUGUAACUUUUUGGUUAAGUGUAUGUUUGGUAUUUAUUAAAGCGACUUGUGUUUCUCUCCCUC